AUGCACAUGGGCAAGGAACAGCAAAGAAAACAGAAGAGGAGUGUGUGUCUUUCUUCACAGACCGUUUUUACCCAGAAAAGCAAGCUGCUCCCUGACCCACUGGACACGAGACGCUGGCAGGGCUUCCAGCUGGAGGAGUAUCUGAUAGGGCAAUUCAUUGGCAAGGGCUGCAGUGCUGCUGUGUAUGAAGCCACCAUGCCUGUGUUGCCCCGGAACCUGGAGGUGGCAAAGAGCAUCCGGCUUCUUCCAGGGAGAGCCCCAGAUGUCAUCCCACCAGGAGAAGAGGAGGCGCGAGCUCCACGGCCCCCUGCUUUCCCCUUAGCCAUCAAGAUGAUGUGGAACAUCCGGGCCGGUUCCUCCAGCGAAGCCAUUUUUAGAACAAUGAGCAAGGAGCUAGUCCCAGCGAGUCGAGUGGCCUUGGCCGGGGAGUAUGGAGACGUUACUUACAGAAAAUCUAAGGGAGGUCCGAAGCAACUGGCUCCUCACCCUAACAUCAUCCGGGUCUUCCGCGCCUUCACAUCGUCAGUCCCACUGCUGCCAGGGGCCCUGGUCGACUACCCAGAUGUGCUGCCCCCACGUCUUUACCCUGAAGGCGUGGGCCACGGCCGGACACUUUUCCUCGUUAUGAAGAACUACCCCUGUACCUUGCGCCAGUACCUUCGAGAGAACACCCCAAGCCCCCGCCUCGCCACUGUGAUGAUGUUGCAGCUCUUGGAAGGAGUUGAUCAUCUGGUUCAACAGGGCGUCGCACACAGGGACCUAAAAUCUGACAACAUCCUUGUGGAGUUGGAUGCAGACGGCUGCCCCUGGCUGGUAAUCUCAGAUUUUGGUUGCUGCCUGGCUGAUGAACGCAUCGGCCUGCAGUUGCCGUUUACCAGCUGGGAUGUGGAUCGGGGCGGAAACGGCUGCCUGAUGGCUCCUGAGGUGUCCACGGCCUGCCCUGGCCCCAGGGUGGUGAUCGACUACAGCAAGGCUGAUGCCUGGGCAGUGGGAGCACUCGCCUAUGAAAUCUUCGGGCUCCCCAAUCCUUUUUACGGCGAGGGUGGAGUCUACCUUGAAAGCCGAAGCUACCAAGAGACUCAGCUGCCUACACUGCCCGAGUCGGUGCCUCUAGAUGCGAGACAGCUGGUGAGAUCACUGCUGCAGCGGAAGGCCAGCAAGAGACCAUCUGCCCGAGUAGCUGCUAAUGUGCUUCAUUUAAGCCUCUGGGGUGAACAAACUCUAGCCCUGAAGAAUCUGAAACUAGACAAGAUGAUUGGCUGGCUCCUCCAACAAUCAGCAGCCACUCUGUUGGCCGACAGGCUUACAGAGAAGAGCUGUGUGGAAACAAAAAUGAAGAUGUUAUUUCUGGCCAACCUGGAAUAUGAGGCGCUGUGCCAAGCAGCCCUCCUCCUCUACUCUUGGAGGGCAGCCCCAUGAAGGCUGUUGUAGCUGGUGAAUUACUAAAAGAACUUGCAGCAUCGAUGUCGUGAUGGUCUGUGAAUGCUGAAGGGGGCGGGGGGUCUGAGGUGUGAGGAGAGAGUCAGGAGAAAAGAUGGCACAGAGAGGGCUGGUCAGUGGAAAAGAAGGCAUCUGGUUUGGCAAAUGGGAGGAACAAGUUGAGUGAGGUUCACGGUCUGUAGCUAUUAACUCUAGCUGUGCGAUUGUGGUGCAUCUACGUACAUUUCUUACUUUUCCUAUAGAGGGCCCCAUAGUAAACACCCAGGCUGCUGCAGCUACUCAACUCUGCUGUUGUGGCACAAAAGCAGUCUUAAAUAUGGAAACAAACAGGUGUGGCUGCAUGCCAAUAGUAAAGCUUUAUUUAUGGA